AUGAAGUCGUUAUCGUUCGUAGCGACGCUUCUGGGCCUCCUGGCUGGUCCUUGCAGCGCCCUCUCUGUCGCCUCUCUGCCCGCCGAUUUCAAGCCCCCACCAGUCUUUAAGAACAACAACUUGGUGCAUGUCGUUUCGGUCGAGAAGAGCUUUGCGAGAGAACAAAUCAACGUCUUGGUUGAGAACGUUUCUGGCAAGCCUCAAGAUGAAUACUUUGUGCCGUUUACCGCGGAUCAGAUAGCUCGACUUGGCGGCAUUGAAGCAAAAGAUCGCAAGGAUGACAAGGUCGGGCCCUUUGGAGUCGACCGAGUCGAGUAUAGCUCUCAGAGCGACGUUCAAUACUACCGCAUCACAUUGCCAGCACCCCUAAAGGCUGGCGCCCAGCAGACUCUCGCCAUCUCAUGGUACUACCUAAAGCCGUAUCGCCCUCUCCCGGCCUCAAUCGAGCAGGAAGAGCAACAAUACUUGCUAUACGACUUUUCCCUCUACGCUGCCUCAGCAUACCCGACCUUGAAGCAAAAGACCGAGGUCAAGCUGUCGACGGUCACCAUCCCAGACUACACCACAUUUACCAAUGCCGAGGGCAAGGAAUAUCCUGAGAAGCACGGUAGCAAGCUGCUCUAUGGACCUUUUGACGAACAGCCUGCCGGCGCCGUCUACCCAGCCCAGAUUAGAUUCGAGUUCACCAAGCCUGUGAUUCACGUGUCAGAGCUGGAGAGAGACAUCGAGGUCAGCCACUGGGGCGGCAACGUAGCAUUUGAGGAAAGAUACACCCUGUAUCACCGAGGUGCCAACCUUUCCUCCCAGUUCAACCGCGUGAAGUGGGCGCAGUCUCUAUACUACAACCCCGCUUCCUCUGCACUGAAGGAACUCAAGUACCCGCUUCAGAUUGGCAGCGUUGAUCCCUACUUCACCGAUGCCAUUGGAAACGUAUCAACCUCUCGAUUCAGGAGCAGCAAGCGCGAGGCCUUGUUGGAGCUGAAGCCCCGCUACCCUGUGUUCGGCGGCUGGAAGUACCCUUUCACCAUUGGCUGGAACACCAAUGCUGCCAAUGUCCUGCGCAACACUGCUAGCGGAGGCCAUGUGCUCAAGGUUCCAUUCAUCGAGGGACCUAAGCAAGUUGAGGGCGUUGAAUACGAGGAUGUCACCGUCCGCGUCCUCCUCCCUGAGGGAUCUGAGAACGUGAAAUUCUACACCGAUCUCCCCGAUUCGUCAAUUGUUGAGACCUCGGUUGGUGUUCACAAGACCUAUCUCGACACCACUGGCCGAACCGCCAUUGUGAUCAAGGCCAAGAACCUAGUAGAUGACUUCCGAUUCCGAGAUCUGAUCAUCUCGUACGACACCCCGUUGGCAGGGACCCUUCGGAAGCCCCUGGUGGUGUUCGGAAGCAUGCUUGCUGUGUACGCCGCGGCAUGGGCGGUUGGAAAGGUGGAGGUGGGAUUCGCGCCCAAAUAA